ACCAAAUCAUACAUUGCCAUCCUUACUCAAACUUCAUCUCACAAACCACCCAUCAUGGCAACCAGAAUCAAACUUAUCGCGAACCCUCGCUACCAAAAGUCCGGCACGAAGUCGUACUUGUAUGCCAUGCGCAAGUACCGCUUCAGCCCGACCAAGGGUGGCCCCUACUUCCUCGGUACGACCAUGAAGCAGACUGGCCGACCGUUCACUUCCAAGCCGGUUGGCGGUCAAGCUCGGUUGCAGCAGGUGCUGCAGAAGAAGAGCGUGGACAGCGAUCAAUUUGGCCAGGUUGGCGCCGACGAUGUGCAGAAUGACUCGAUGUAUCUUGCAGAAGUUGGGAUUGGCACGCCUGCGCAGAAUCUCAAUUUGGAUUUCGAUACUGGCUCUGCAGAUCUGUGGGUCUGGUCCACAGAACUGUCAUCUGAGACCUUGGCUGGGAACAAGGACCAUACGGUUUUCGACCCGUCCAAGUCUAGCACCUACAAGGAGAAAGAAGGAUCGACGUGGCAGAUCUCGUAUGGGGAUGGCUCGUCCGCUUCUGGAACGGUUGGCAACGACGAUGUCAACAUCGGCGGUCUGGUUAUCAAAGGCCAGGCCGUGGAGGUCGCUGAUGUGUUGUCCACCCAAUUUGUCCAAAGUACCGGGGAUGGACUGCUUGGACUUGCAUUCAGCAACAUCAACACCGUCAAGCCGCAGCCUGUGAGCACCCCGGUGGAGAAUAUGAUCACGCAAUCCGACAUCCCAAAGUCGGCCGCGCUCUUCACGGCAAAGUUGGGGUCGUGGCGAGAUACUGAUGAGCCGGAUAAGGGCGAGUCAUUCUACACGUUUGGAUUCAUUGACCAAGACACGGUCAAAGCUGCCGAGUCUGAGAUGUUCUACACGCCUAUUGAUAAUAGCCAGGGAUUCUGGAUGUUCGACUCUACUUCUGCGACGGUGAAUGGGAAGUCUAUCGCCCGUUCUGGAAACAAGGCUAUUGCUGAUACGGGGACUACCUUGGCGCUGGUCGAUGAUGAGACCUGUCAGGCCAUCUAUGAUGCUAUUCCCGGGGCGGAGUAUGAUGAUCAAAACCAGGGAUGGAUCUAUCCUUCUGAUACACCGGCUGACAAGUUGCCUGUUGUAUCCUUUGCUGUUGGCGAUAAGCAGUUUGUCGUCCAGAAGGAAGAUCUGGGAUUCGCUGAGGCUAAGUCUGGCUAUGUUUAUGGAGGCAUCCAAAGUCGUGGCGAUAUGACCUUCGACAUUCUGGGUGAUACCUUCUUGAAGGCUAUCUAUGCAGUUUUCGACGUCGGUAAUCUUCGCUUUGGUGCUGUGCAGCGUAAGGAGUUGAAUCAGAAUCUCGCUACACCUCCUAAGUAG